CCGAGGUUGCAUGACAAGACACGCUCCCAGCUUCCACGACAUGGAGCAGCCGAUAGGUCCAUCGCCUCCAUACUCUUCGCAUGGACCGUCAACACAUGGCGCUGGCGAUGCCGCCAACGCAGCGGCGACAGCAACGGCAGCAGCAGCGUUGUCGCAAGAUCACAUCCCCACUCCAAAUGCCACGAAUUCACGCAAGCGGCGCGCGACCGGCGCGCCAGGGAGCAGAGGCGUCGCAAACCUGACGCCCGAGCAACUAGCGAAAAAGCGGGCGAACGACAGAGAGGCACAGAGAGCAAUCAGAGAGCGGACGCGGAAUACCAUCGAGAGCCUCGAGCGGAGAAUCAGAGAACUCGAAAGCCAGCAGCCCUUCCAAGACUUGCAGCGCGUAGUUCAGGAGAGGGACAGGGCACUGGCGGAAUGCGAAGAGCUGCGUCGACGUCUGGGAGCAGUGGCAGGCAUAGCAGGAGCAGCGUCACAGCAACCACAUCCCAGCCUUAAUGAGCUCGCGGCUUUGACGGCACAGCAGAGUCCUCUGCCGCCGCUGACCGUGCUCAAUAAUUCUAGCUACCCACAGGAUCAAGGACAUCGGUACAGCGAACAACCACAACAGAAUCCUAAUUUACAUCCACAACUGAGAUCUCCGGGCACAGAGUCUUCAGGGCAGACACCAACUGCUGGCCAUUCGACCGAUUCAGGUGGCUCUGCAUACCACAACGGAGAUUCUGAAGCCGGCCGGAACGCAGUGCACCAACGUUACUCUCAGUCGCCGAACGAAGGACGAUAUGAACAACGUAGGCAAACCUCAGCACAGCCGCAUCAUCACAGCAAUGGGGAUCGCUUGGGACUCAGCUAUGUCCUGGACAAUGCUCAGCAGUCCCACGAAACCACUGCCUCGCCACCAACAGAAUCCUAUCAACCUUCACGAUCACCAGAUUUGCCCGUUUAUGCUCGCAUCACCAAUCAAGGGCCCCCUUCGUGCCCUCUAGACUCACUGCUCCUUGAUGCCUUUCGAAGCCGCAGAAAGAUGAUGCAAGACGGUACAUCCAUGCAAGAGGCUAUAGGGCCCGACUACCCGGCGUUCGCAGCAAUGGUCGAUCCUGGCGAUGGCAGUCGACGUUCGGAAUGUCACCAGGUUUCGGCACUUCUGAUCGACAUUCUCUCCAAAUUUCCCGACGUUGCACAGCUACCGGAAAAGGUUGCUGUGCUUUACAUCAUGUUCCUGGUCUUGCGCUGGCUCAUAUGUCCCUGCGAAAAGUGCUAUGAGCGCCUACCAGAGUGGUGUCGCCCGACUGCGGUGCAGCUGGAGAAAGCUCAUGUAGCAUGGGCAGACUAUCUUCCUUGGCCUUACAUGCGCUCACAGAUUGCGCUCCGCGAAGGUGAAGUGAAGUUUGAGGACUUCUUUGUUUCCUACACCACGACCUUGUCUCUGAACUGGCCGCUUCCUCACGACUGUGUGUUGCUAAGAUCGGGCAACGACGGAGCAACGCUCGAAUUGAAUCCAGCUUUCGAGCAUCAUUUACGUGAUCUGAAUAAUUGGAGUCUCGGGACCAGAUUCGCUCAGACAUUCCCUCUUUUGGUGGACAGUACAGUGCGCAUCAAGGAUGCAUAGUAUGCAUCCGAUCCACGACGAUUCUCUUCUGCGGACGAGUAUGGGUAUGGACCGCUGAGCUCCUCAUGGGAUUCUGUGAUGGGAUGGCGAAAUGAAUGAAUGAUCUUUUUGUGAAAUAUUUAUGGAGAGAACGGGUACAGCGAGGCGUUCAGUUGGACUAUGGGCAUAGGGGGGUAUUGGGUCGCGUUAUCGCCAGCGCUGCGGAGUACGUGAACACAGCACCGGUAGAGGGAUAGGUCAGGGGUAUCACAAGCGCGUUGGAGCAGUCAUCGAUUGACAUCAGCGCUCAGAUGCAGACCACGCGUUGAACUCAAGCUGCAACCUUAAGUGAACGAGCAAACAAGAACUGCCGAUUAGGCAACUCCUAAGUGAAUGGAGCGGCGGGAGUGCGCGUCUUGCCGAGAGCCCCUUCCGACGUUUGAAGCAUUUGUGACGGAAAAGUGCAGUUGCGCGCUUCCUCGCACGUUUGUUCCAAAAACAUCAACACACACACCCGCCGCCAAACGCGGUCACUCACCGA